ACAAGUGAGUUCAUAAAACAGCUCAGGGAGAGAACAAGUGCUCCAAUCAAGGAAGUGAAAUCUGCUCUUGUAUCCUGCAACUGGGAUAUCGAGGCUGCACAGACGGAUUUGAGAAAAAGAGGAGUUGUUCUUGCAUCAAAGAAGUCUUCUCGACUUGCUGCCGAGGGUUUGCUUGCAUUGGCUCAGAAUGAAAAGAAGGCUGUUCUCGUGGAACUCAACUGUGAAACAGACUUUGUUGCUAGGAACGACAUAUUUCAGUCUCUGGCCUUAUCGUUGGCAAAGUCUGCUUUGCUGGUUGAAGGUUCUAAAGAGCCUUCAGUAGCUACUCCUUUUAGUCCUGAGUGUCUGGAGGAUUUGAAGAUGAAUUUUGACCAUGCUAAAUUAACUGGGGAGAGAACUGUUCGAAAUGCAAUUACGGAAGUGGCUGCAAUGAUGGGGGAGAAUGUCAAACUUGGAGGGGGUUUCGUAAUAACCGCCCCUUCACAAGGUGUCCUGUCCACUUAUCUCCAUACGAGCCCCCAACCAGGUAUAGGCCGUAUUGCUGGUAUUUUAUCGCUCGAGGUAGAGGAUAAGGAUGUUUCACUCGAUGCUGUCCAACGUGUCGGAUCGGAACUAGCAAUGCAUAUAGUAGCUGCAAAGCCGUUGUUUCUUACAAAGGAAGAUGUAACUGCUGAUGCGUUAGGCAAUGAGAGUGAUAUUCUUAGGUCUCAGGCGGAGAGUACAGGAAAGUCUCAGAUGGCUAUAGAUAGGAUCGUUGAAGGUCGUCUAAGAAAGUACUUUGAGGAAGUUGUUCUUAUGGAGCAGAAAUUUAUCGUGGAUGACUCCGUAAACAUAAAGACACUUUUGAAUAAUCUGUCCAAGGAAGUGGGGUCCACCGUAAAAAUUGGGAACUUUCUCAGAGUAGAAGUUGGGGAAGGACUUAAAAGGCUUGAAGCUGUCGGUGGAUCAGAACCUCUAACUCAGGCUGCUUAAAGGCUGAGUAAUUAUUAUCUACCUGUUAAUGAGAGGAUCAAGAUCUUUAUGCAGUGAAUGGCUGAGGGGUUUCGAAAUGAAAUUUUGUUUGUCGUAAUAUUUCGAAUUUUCCGGAAGAAAAUUAGAACUAGAAUAAUAAACCCUUUUCCCCUGCAUUUUCGACUUGCAUUCUAAAACAAAAAAACUCGAACUCGGGCUUCAUAUUCGUUGAUUAUGUUACGACACAAUUAUUGUCUGGACUAUGUGAUAAUAAGGCGUUGAUGCAGUGGAUGAAAUGAGGGGCUUUUGGUUUGAUGAAUAUUUGAUCUUUUUUUUUGGUAAGUAAUAAAUAUUUGGGUAAAUUA